AGAAGCAGCUGCACGAGCGACGAAGCACACAGGUGGCUUAUACUGUGGGAACGCUAAAGCUUCUGAGUUUCCCACGAUUCAUACUAAGCCAGGCACCUGGGUUGGUAUAUAAGGCGUCCCUACCACUGGAUGGGCAUCAUUCUCCAACGCACUCUCGUUGAGUACACAUCGUGCAGUGUAGUUCGAACAACUAUCGGUGUCUUUAAACGCACACACACACACAACAAACUCUUCUUUCGUACACCUCAAGUGAAUCCAAUCACACGUGUUCAUCAUGUCUUACGAAAUGUUAUCAGUCGAAGAGCCGCAGCCGAUCUCCCGUACUUAUCAGUACAGGAAAGUGAUGAAGCCGAUGCUCGAGCGCAAACGCAGAGCGAGGAUUAACCGUUGCCUGGAUGAGCUCAAGGAGUUGAUGGUCACAGCCCUUCAGAGCGAGGGCGAGAACGUGUCCAAGCUCGAGAAGGCCGACAUCCUCGAGCUGACAGUGCGCCACCUCCACAAGCUCCGCCGUCAACAAAGGCUCUCCGCCAACCCAGUGAUCGACGCAGACCGCUUCCGUGCUGGAUACACUCACUGCGCCAACGAAGUUUCCCGCUGCUUGGCCGCCGUUCCCGGCGUCGACGUCAACCUGGGUACCAAGCUCAUGACACACCUGGGGCACCGUCUCAACGAAAUGGACAAAGUCUCACCGCUCGUGAUCCAAGUAUCUUCAUCAUCGCAAUACACACCACCAGGAACACCGACACCUGAAGGCGCCUACUCCAUGCCUCUUACACCAGCAUCGAGCACCAGCUCAAGGCAGGCGCCUUCACCAAACCAACCCAUGGACUGCUCCACCGCCGGCCUUCUCAAAGUCGCACAAAAAGUCGAACCAGUUUGGCGUCCAUGGUAAACAACAACAACAAAAA